AUGCAGCUGGAUGGACAUGUCCACUUUUGCGAGAGAGGACAGGAGACUCUUGGAAUCUGUCGCAAUGACAAAGAUGUGAUGCUGGACGGAUUGGUCAGUGUAGAAGUCACGGCAGUUGGGGACACUGUCACCGUCUCCCUCAACGGCAUCGAAAUCGCCAAAGUCAAAGACCUUGACCUCCAUCCCCUGCUGGGCGGCAGCGCAGACAAUACCGGCUCCAUUGCCUUCGGUGGUCCACAUGGUUGGAUCACGACAUACCGACACCUCUCCAUCAUCUCUCUGUCCGGCGAAGCGCUUUAUAACAACAGCUUCCUCCCCCACGAUGCUGCACGAACCUACGCAGAUUUCGCCACCGGCAUCAACGCCCUCCCCUGCACCAUCGACGGCGCAAAACGCGACCGCGCUACUUUCGGCGGAGACCUCCAUAUCAUGGGUCGCUCAAUUGCGUACUCCACCCUCGACUUUGAUGCGAUACGGGGUAGUAUCGAUCUCCUCACGUCGCAUCAGACAGGAUAA